AUGCGGCGACCGACGCACGCGCGCGUGUUCUCGCACGUCUCGGACGGCGGCGGCGACGGGCGCGAGAGCCUCGCGAGCGAGGCGACGGGGCGGACCAGUAGUCUCGCCGAGUCGCUCACGUUCACGCUGGCGUCCCUUUCCCCGCUGUACGCCAUCGACGCGACUCGCGCGCAGGUCUCCUUCGCGGGCGUAUUCUACGGGCUGAACAUGACCGCGGUCGUCGUCUACGCCUGCCACACGCAGCUGGCGUUUCUGGAUCAAGUAAAGCGCAUCGAGCACGACCUGCGACACUUCUCGCUUGCGAGGGCGGAGUGCUCGGACGAGCGUGACCGACAACACGUCGAGCGCGUGAUCGAAAAGUGCUGGGCGAAGCGGGGCGGCGUCGCCGGCUUCGAGCGGAGCGUCCGGUCCGGUCCCAUCUACGACGCUUUGCAACGGGCGGUCGGGCGCUACGGGCUGUUACGCUAUUUCGACGUCGUUGUCGCAACGCUCGGCGUGCUGUUCCUGGGCCUCGGGCUCCACGCGCACAACCCACACGACGUCAGCCACGCGAUCACGACGGUCACCGGCGUGUUUAUCGUGAUGCCACUAGCCUUCGCCGGCCACGCGAAGAUCACGGCGACGCUCGGGCGCGUCGCCAUGCCCUACGGAUGCAAGCUCGCGCUCGCGUCCUUCGCCUUCGUCGCAUGCGUCCUCUCGUUGUCACUGGCGAACUUUUCGCUCGGGCGCGAGUUCUGCCGCGCGACCGUCGGGUACGGAUGUCUCCGCGGCUGA